CCAUCAUCACGUGAGAAUUGUUUUUGUUGACGAGGCACCAUUUAAUUCAUUGUUAUCGGAAAAAUUGGAAGAUCUGACUGAUAUUUGGGUAUUUCGAGUCCUUUCAAAAUGGCCAAAGCUGUGCCUGCCUACUGCCUUGGAGAGCACACAUUAUCCGUUCCCCGCACCCUCCAUGCCAUCAACCGUGAGAGGCUAUGUAAGAGACUCAAAGCUGAUCCUCAGCUACCAUCAGGUGCCAUUGUUCUCUUGCAGGGAGGCGAACAAGAGAUGAGAUAUUGCUCUGACCAUGAACCUCUAUUUAGACAGGAGUCUUACUUUCACUGGGCCUUUGGUGUAAAUGAAUCCUCAUUCUAUGGAGCCAUCGUUGUCGAUACUGGCAAGGCUAUUCUUUUUCCUCCGAAGCUCCCAGAAGUGUAUGCUGUAUGGAUGGGAAGAAUCCAACCUAAGGAAUUCUACAAAGACAAAUAUGCCGUAGAUGAAGUACAUUACUCACAAGAUAUUGCCACAGCCCUUGCCUCUUACAAGCCAUCUGUUCUACUUACAUUGAGAGGACUGAACACAGAUAGUGGAAAACACUGCAAAGAAGCAACAUUUGAUGGCAUUGAAAAGUUCAGGGUGAACAACUAUAUCCUUCAUCCUAAUAUUGCUGAAUGCCGGGUGUUCAAGACCCCAGAGGAACUGAAAGUCCUGCGCUAUGUCUGUCAGGUUUCAAGCCGUGCCCACAUUGAAGUCAUGAAGAACAUCAGACCGGGCAUGUAUGAAUACCAGCUAGAAAGCUUGUUUAGGAACUACUGCUACUCUCAAGGAGGCUGUCGCUUCAUGUCAUACUCCUGUAUUGCAGCCAGUGGAUGUAGUGCUGCCAUUCUUCACUAUGGUCACUCAGGAGCUCCCAAUGAUAGACAGAUUCAAGAUGGAGACAUAUGUUCAUUUGAUAUGGGAGGAGAGUACUACUGCUAUGCCUCAGACAUCACCUGUGCUUUUCCUGCUAAUGGCAAGUUUACUCCAGAUCAGAAGAUCAUCUAUGUUGCCGUCUUGAAAGCCAACAGAGCGGUUCUAAAUGCCUGUAAACCAGGUGUGUCAUGGCCUGAAAUGCAUCGUCUAGCGGAGCGGACAUUCUUAGCCGAGCUGGUAGACCAUGGUUUGCUUCAAGGUGACGUUGAUGAGAUGAUGGCAGUUCGUCUAGGAGCGGUCUUCAUGCCUCAUGGCUUGGGUCAUUUCAUGGGAAUCGACACACACGAUGUCCAUGGGUAUCCCGAGGGUGUGGAAAGAAGCACAGAGCCUGGACUAAGAUCCCUCCGUACAGCUCGUACUCUAGAAGAGGGUAUGGUACUCACUAUAGAACCGGGCAUAUAUUUCAUUGAAGUGCUGUUGGAUGAAGCGCUGAGCGACCCAGCAAGAUCUAGAUUCAUGGUGCCCGAAGUCUUGCAGAGAUUCAGAGGAUUUGGAGGGGUCCGUAUUGAGGAUGAUGUAGUGAUCACAGCUGAUGGUGCCGAGCUUCUUAAUGAUGUUCCCAGGACAGUGGAAGCUAUUGAAGAAGUCAUGGCUAAAGGAAGGCAGGCUUCGGCUGUAGCUUAAUCAGCCUUAGGGAGAAGAUCAUCGCACAACGACUGAAAUCAAAUCCAUGACUACAGAGGCUUGCAAUGGAAUGCAGUGGAGUCUGCGUUAAUUUAAUCAAAGUGUAUCAAGUUGAGUCAUUUUUCAAGACCAGAAUAUACAAAUCAUUGACCAAGCUGAACAGAUAUCUGGAGUCCCAGGAGAUUUGCCAGAGGCAGAUUCAUCUACAGUAGAUGAUAUAAAAGUAUGAAUAGUAUAUGCUAAUAAGUAUGAAUAAAUCACAGGACAUAUGUCAGCAGCAUUUGUUGUCAAUGUCGAUGGAUAUUACGACCGUCAGCUACAAUGUAUAACCCUAUAGAUUUGAUAUAUUUGUUGAAAAGGUAUGGUAAUAGCCAUACAUUCUUUGUUGGAUUACAAUUAUAAAUUACUUGUUCCAAGUAAGUGGCUUGAUGAUUAUGGUUUUAGUGACAUUUCUGUUACAAAUUUUUAUAAUUUGUGCUGUCUUUACUGAUCACACCAUGUCAGUACACCAUUCCAAGAUAGACAGAAAGGUGCAGAAUCACAUUUCUAUGUCAUUCCUGCAUGCCUAUGAAAUGCCCCUUUUCAUGUCUGUAAGAGCUAAAUUUAUUGUACAUGUAGUACAGGAAGUCCAUUAUGAUUUUUACCGGAAUCAUGAAAA